CCAUUCUUCCAGUCGCCACUUGAUGGUAGACUCGCGUGGCCGUGUAUGGCUUCAUAAAUAUAAUCAAAAUUAUUAAAAUAAUAAAUAUUUGUCAUUGAAAUUAAAAUGUCGUAAGUGACUCUUACGUUAUUGAUCCAAGUUAUAGUGGAAAUUUAUAAAUAAUAUUUAAAAAUGGAAGCGAAGAAUAAACUAGAUCCCCGUAGUGAUGUGAUAAAGCCCAAUUACAUGCUUAUGUCCUUGCAGAGGAUACUAGUGUUGUCCGUAAUAAUGGCGAGUGUUAUUGUUGUCGUUUACUUUACACCGAUGCCAGAGGAAUACUUCGAAAACUGUGAUCGCGAAUGUCAUGAGCUUGAUUGGCCUAUGAUAUGUCGGGUUAAACUAGUCAUCGAAGUUUACAAAACUUACAGCAAGUCCUGUAACAAUUGUGCCGAAGAUGGCAGUGAUUGCUCACCAAUGUGCAUAACAGCGGACGGUCGAGAGCGUGGGGUGCUUUCUGCGAACAGAGAAUUGCCGGCCCCAGCCUUUCAUGUUUGUCAAAAUGACAUUCUCGUUGUAGAUGUAGUUCAUCGUGCACCAGCGCAUGCGCUUUCAAUACACUGGCGAGGUCAGCCUCAGAAAGAGACACCGUUUAUGGAUGGAGCGCCAAUGCUCACUCAAUGUCCUCAGCCUGCUUACACCACUUUUCAAUACAAAUUCCGCGCAUCAGCUGUGGGUACUCAUAUGUACCAUGCACAUUCAGCUGCUGAUGCGGCUGACGGUCUCGCUGGUGCAUUUAUAGUUCGACAAUCACCUCGCUUAGAUCCAAUGAGAAACCUGUACGACGUUGAUGCUACCCAACAUACAAUAUUUGUUGCAGAGUGGGGCCAUUCCAUGGGUCCGCUUGCCGGAGUGUCAUCUAAAAUUCCCGACGCCGAAUCUUUACUUAUAAACGGCAAAGGAAAUACGCCUGAAUCUUUGGACGCUGCGCUAUCGAAAUUUACCGUAGAAUAUGGUAAAAGGUAUAGAUUCAGAUUAGCGUAUGGUGGCGGUUUCAAGAGCUGUCCUGUGAACUUUUCUAUCGACCAACACGUUCUUACAUUAAUUGCUCUAGACGGACACAGAAUAAAGACCGAAAUAGUCAGUUCAAUUAAAUUAGGAAGAGGCGAGCGCGCAGAUUUUGUUCUCCACGCGAAAAAACCAGUGGGCGUGUAUAAAAUAAAAAUUGUCGCUGAUAAAUCGUGUCAAGAAAAUUUAGAAGGAGAAGCUAAAUUAAUAUAUACAGGUGAUGACAAGAUUCUACUUCAAAAUGAAGGCAGUGAUGUACUAGUCAAUCGUGAGUUUACAACAGUGGUUAGUGAUAACUGUGCCAGUGACAGUGUGUUGUGCUUAGACGAAGUUCACUCCGCGGAAAAACUCCCAGUUGAAUUAACAGCGGCCACGGAUGAAGUUAUUUAUGUGCCUUUCAAUUACUCUACACGACAGAUAACAGCGAAACGUGUCGAGAGUUGGGGACAAACUGAUGGCCAUCGCUUCACAUAUCCUGCGUCACCACUACUGACCCAGGGAGCUGAUGUAGCAAGCGAAACCAUAUGUCCUGAUCAUGUUGGACAAGGAGAAGAAUGCGUCCACGUGAAACAUGUACCAGUCCACUCUACUGUCGAGCUCAUCAUGUUUGACCAAGGCGGUGAUUCAGAUCACAUCUUCCAUCUCCACGGAUACAGUUUCCACGUUACUGGCAUUCGAAUAUUCAACAGCGGUAUGGACAAAGACGCAAUAAUCCAAAUGAACGAAGACGGAGUACUUUUCCCAUCCAAAAACUUGGAUGAUCCAGUAAUUAAAGACACCAUUGUAAUUCCGAAAUUUGGUGUCGUGGCUCUGCGUUUUAAGGCUGAUAACCCCGGUUAUUGGAUGAUGAGAGAUGAAAGAUCAGCUCAUUGGACAAGGGGAUUGGAUUUUGUUUUAAAAGUAGGCGAGAAUAGAGACUUUGUACAGGCGCCAUCAGAUUUUCCCAAGUGCGGCUCUUACGUCGGGCCAGAAUAUUUUCUUAUCUAAGUUAAGACUGAUACAUAAUAUGUUACCAAUAUUAUUAAGUUGCUCAAAUAUUUAUUACUAUGUGAUAUUGUAUAAUUUGUU